GCCGCUCCCUCAGGAUGUAGGUUGCUGCGUCUCAGUACGAGAGCAUCCAGAAGCGAAUGUCUCGCAUGUUCACUCAGUUGUCCUUGUGCGACAAUAGAAAGUCACCUAUAACUCGACGGAAACUAAAUAACGCAACGUGGUGAUACAGGGAAAAGUAACCAGGAAUUGUUUAAUUUACCAUAUUUCUCCAUAACUAUCCCAACCGGCGUCUAAGAAAGCUGAUUCUCCAACAAAUAGUAGUAUAGGAAGAGCAUGAUUUCCUACAAAAUGUGGAGCGGGUAUUAGUUUAUUGUCCAUAGGUAAGUCGUUGCUUGUUUUAAAGUUGGUCACCACAGCGACUCGACGGAAAGAGAUGACACAAAGCGCCACAGACAGGGUGAAAGACAUGGAGUCUCUGCUUCUGUGCCGUGAGGCGGACAGGCCUGCCAGGGCUUACCGGGACUCCAACCUGUUGACUGACCGGGUCCUGCGUGCGCUCCUGCGAGCUCAAGACAAGUACCUCCCAGCUUCCAACUAUUUCAAAUGCGUCCAGAGAGAAAUAGUUCCGUACAUGAGGAGGAUAGUGGCUAUCUGGGUGUUGGAGGUGUGUGAGGAGCAAAGAUGUGAGGAGGAAGUUUUCCCACUGGCUAUGAACUACAUAGACCGCUUCCUGUCAGUGGAACCCACCAAGAAGAACGAUCUUCAGUUAUUGGGAGCUGCCUGUAUGUUCCUGGCAUCCAAACUGAGGAAGACAAUCCCACUCACUGCUGAGAAACUCUGCAUCUACACAGACAACUCUAUUACACCUACUCAGCUGAUGCAAAUGGAGUUACUGGUUUUGAACAAACUCAAAUGGGACCUGGCUUCAGUAACCCCCCUUGACUUCAUCGACCACUUCCUGUCCCAGCUGCCUGUCAGUAGAGAGAGCAGGACCAUACUCAGGAAGCACGCUCAGACCUUUGCAAAGCUGUGUGCCACAGAUAAUAAAUUCAUAGCCAGCCCUCCAUCCAUGGUAGCAGCAGGCAGCAUGGUGGCAGCAGUGGAGGGCUUACAGAUAAAAAUGGUGGGAAAUGCCUUGAUGGCACAGAAACUGACAGAGCAACUUGCACAAACCAUCAGGAGUGACUCAGUAGGACUGCCUUCGAGCAUGUCAGGAACAAAUUGAGCUGUUGCUGGAAAACAGUCUCAGACAGGCACAACAGCAAAACUCUGUUGCUGUGGAAACUAAGAACAUUGGCGAGAGGCAGGACCUCUCAACUACCCCCACAGAUGUCUGUGACAUAAACAUCUGACUGAGAUGAGAAGCACGUUGAACUGUUGAGGUAAAUGGUCAUUGUGGACACAAGGGGUGUGAGUGCUUGUGUGCUGGGACCAGAAGGAUGUUGACUGGAGUGUUGCAGCAAACUAGGAGUAGCUCCACAUCACAUUAAAAUAAAAUGUGCUCUAAAAUCCUGUAAAUAAACGUGUAUUUGAAAAUGAGUGUUUACUGAAAGCUGCAUUAGCCUAUUCUGAAUCACGUUGCUUCACAUCAUUUAUCAUGACUUAUACAUUCAUUUUUAAUUUUGUCUCUACACUGCAGCCAUCUAAAACCCAACAGACCACUCUUAGCCAACUUAGGAGAAAGUAAAACAUAUAUAUUUCUAAGUAAAGGAGAAGGAACUGUAUAGCUAUCUGUAAUUUGUAUCUAUAGGUGUUUAUUAGCAGACAGUUGACCUUUUAUUAGUUAAGGAAGAUUGUAUUGAUUUGCCAUGGUUGUACUGUAAAAAACUUUAUUACUCUCUUCUAUUUCAAUGUGGGUGUUGCCCUCUCCGCUCACUUGUCACAUCGGUCCUCUGAAUAAUAUUAGAAGCAUCUGCGUGUAUAGUGAAUUGUUUGUCAGUCUCUUUGGACGAAAAGAACUUGAACUCUAUUUUAUUCCAGCCACGCAUUCAGCAAGUCUUUCUGCUCUCCUUGAAAAAGAGGCAAAGCAGUAGAAGUUUUGUAAAAUAAAGACCUCAGGUGUUAUUUACUUUAUGGUAUUUAUUAUUACAUGACUUGACACUAUCAC